GUACUGCCCUUCAUAGGUGCUGCUCGCUAACAGCACUUGCCCCAACAGUGUGAAUCAUUGCGCCUCUUCCGAGAAGCAAGCCAGCAUCGGGACUGAAGGUAAGAGAAAAUGUGUUUCUAUUGUUACUUUAUUCUAUAUUUUAUUUACUAUACAGGAAUUGUUUACAGUUAUACAUGCUCACGUCCAAUAUUUAUUCUUAUUCAUGAGUUUAUCAAUGUUUCCCUUUUUUGUUGAACCGUAACAGCUCAUACCACUGACCUAUAAGAAUUUAAAUUUAGUACAAUUUUGUGAAUCAAUUAUGUUCGUAAGUCGAGGAGUGUCAUACAGACAGUUUGCCUCACCUGGUAAAAUAAAAAAAAUAGUUUCGUUUAUAUGCAUCUCAGAGCAUAAAUAUAUUUGAUUUCGCUUUUUAAAGAUGUAUUUACGUGUCAUAUACACAUAUAUAGCUCAGUGGGUCUCAUCCUGGUAAAAUAAAAUAACUUUUAGUUGUAUUGUAAUCGUGUGCCGCUCUGCACCUGGCAGAGCGUGGCGUCACGUCACCUACAUUUGGCGGUACAUGACGUCAUUUACAUAGCAGGCAAGUGAAGUCACACCAAGGCGACCCAGCAGUGACGUCCGCGACAACCCGGAGCCUGUCGUCGUGACAAAUGACCCGGAUGUUGUGCCGUGACAUCAUCCACGAUGUUCUGCGCGGGGCUCUCACGGCGACCCGGAAGCCGCGCGGUGACGUCACGCUAACCCGGACGCGGUCGCUCCCGUCUCGUCCCCCGUUCCGCGCUCCAUCUCCUCGUCGCUCGGCCCGUCCCCCGUCCACCUCCUCCCCCUCCUCCUCGUCGCCUCGUCGCGCCGUCUCCCCGGACCGCGUCGCCCGUCUUCUGCUCGCGUCGCGCCGCGCGCCUCGAGCACCGCGCGGGCUCUGGACGCCCCUCGCAGUGCAGCCACAGGCCCCCCAGGUCUUUGUCUCCAGCAGAGGCGCCAUUGCGCGGCGGGCCGACGCGGCGCCAGCCCCACUCGCAGCCUCAACCACCCACCCCGCCGCCACUCGCACCCGACGGCCGCUACGCCACACGACUACAACCAUCCCGCUAUUGAGCGAGGAGGCAGCGUUGUCACGAUGGCGUCGGCAUCGGCGAUUGACCCGCGCAUGAACUUCGGCGCGUGGCUCACGGCUCACGGCAUGAGCGCCAAAAUUGCGCGCGCCAUGAGCAAAGAGCUGGGUAUCAGUGACUACAACACGCUACUGGCGUGCGCCGAGCACCCCCACGUGCGCAUUGAGCUGUUCGCCGUGGCCAAGGCGCGCCUCCCGUUUGCGUUCUACGCCGUGCUUCGCCGCGUCAUCGAGGGCGUCUCCAUCAAGCGCCCCAAGGGCGGCGACGCCGGCGCCGAGGGCACGAGUCGCUCGCUGCUGGAGACCAUUGUGGUGGUGCUAAACAGCCUGAGCCAGGAGCUCUUUCAGUCGGCGCAGCGAUUCUGCUCGCUCGACCCCGCGCUCUAUGCCAACGCACUUGCCGCAGCCUCGGCCGACGGCCCCGCCGGAGAGAGCAGCCCCUGCCAGCGGCAUCAGCACGCGGACACGGGUAACGCGGCGCCAGGGAGCACAGCGUCAACACCGUUCGCCCACACAGCACCAGCGUCUCAAAGUGCUCGCACGGAGGAGUCUGGGCGCGAUUCUCUUCCACUCGACGGGAACCACUUCUCGGCGGAGACCCCAGGGGUGGCGCCGCAUUUCUCGGAGAACCGGCACCUGGAGAAACGUGAGGGCCACGGAGCCGCGGAGGGCGGGGUGGAGUCGGGGGGCGUGUACGGGCAGCCCGGCGGUGCGCAGGCCGGCGCGCAGUCCUCUUGCGACAAGGAGUUUGGCGCGUCGCCCGGCGGGGGCAGCAGCGCCCACCUGUUGGCGUCGGUGCGCGCGGCGGCGGCCGGGGCCUCGGUGAAGCCGUACCGGCCUGUGCAGUGCCAGGAGUGCGGCCAGGGCUUCGCACACAAGUCGCACCUGCUGAUCCACCAGAGAACGCACACAGGCGAGAAGCCAUACGGCUGCGAGGAGUGCGGAAAGACGUUCGCGCACUCCUACAACCUGGCGCGCCACCGCCGCACGCACACGGGCGAAAAGCCCUUCAAGUGCGACGUGUGCGGCCGCGGAUUCACGCAGUCGGGCCACCUCUCAAAGCACAAGCGCAAGCAUGUGGACAAGCAGGUGGGCGAGGUGUACGCGGGCAUCGGCUUCUCCCACCUCAGCAGCCUCAUCCAGCACAACGCGCCGCACACCAGCUCGCUGCCAUAUUACCGCUAGCUCUCCGCGUGCGUCUUACCUGAACAGGAGGGGCAGGCGCAUGCGAGCUCACGGAUUCUGGCUUAUGGACGCCUCUUUGGCAGCCGACGUCGCCGUUGGACGCUCGUGGGGCUACCACGCUGUGUGCGCUUCGUUCCGAACGGGCGUCAGGGGGGAUGUGCUGGGCGUGCGGAAGGGACCUGCUGCGUGUGGGCGUCAGGGAUUGCCGGCGUCAGGUUGUGUUUUGGACUCGCGCGGUGAUGGGUAUUGACGUUGGGACUUGUGCUCGCGUGACCUGGUCGCCCAGGCUUCCCCUCGCUGAGCACCCGGCCCGGAGACCACCCUGGCUCCAGGAUCUCCGAACAGGUGAUCGGGACCGAUGAGGGGCAGCUCUCACGCCAAGACCUCACCAAAGUGAACCCAAUGCUGCUGUAUAUACCACACCCCAUUACUUACGUAGCCGAUAAAAAAGUAGUGUCUAUAACGUACAUAUAUAUUUACGCCUUCCGAUGGAGGUCUAGUGUGUUUUAUAGUUAAGCAUAAGUUGCUGUAGCUGCAAGGUAUUGAGUGUGCUGUGAGCUCGUGGCUGUGUGUGGGCCAGUGAGAGGUGUGUAUUACAUGUAAAGAUAAUACACAAAAAUGGGCGAGGGGGAUGAUUACAAACGUAAAGAAAUUGAGGAAAUGGUGUUGGAACCCAGCCGGUGUCAUUUUGCAUUGUAACCGACUUCACGUCCUGGUGUUGGACCUCUUUAACCACUUCCAGUGGCUGGCACUUGUACUGUUUUGGCACCAUUGUUGCGGGUUUGGUGAGUGUCCUGCGAGUGAUGAUUUUUCCCAGGGCGCGGCACAUGGAGGGACGCCUGCGUCGCGUGUCGCUACUUGCGACACAGAAAUGACCUCGGAUGUCUCUUCGAGGUGCGACGGAGCCUGGUUCUCCCCGAGCCUUAUUCCUACGGCAGCCUGCGACUCCCUCCCGAUCCAAUCACUCGCAUUUACAAAAAGCGCUUCCAGAGUGCAACGUGAAGCACUUUGUUGAUGUCACUCAGGCUCUCAUGCACAGACUGCCUGAGCUGGUGAGUGUGGAGAGCCGGACGGCCUGGCUUCCUGUCCGGAGUCGACCGUGCAGAAACUCUUGGUCAGCUUUGUGGGGACGGGUGGUCCCUGUGUAGAGCAGCAGGCGUGUAUUCACGUACAUUCUCACUCCCGACGCUUGCCUGUUUCCCUUCAAACACUGCUGCUGCUUUCCCUGUGGGUGCCUGGGGUGCGUGUACCCCUGCGAUGGUGGCAUGGCAGCGUUGUCGGCGAAUCAAGCAUGGCAGCCGUUGAGUUCCCAUCCCUCAAAGCGUUCCAGACACAUCAAUCAGUGUUAGUGAUGAGCUCCUGUAAAACUGCGUUGUUUCAUGUUCUCGGGUUUUCAGCACCGUGCAUAAGUGGAAAAGACAGCUGCGGGGCACAGCAGUUAUCCUGGGUGCAUUCCCUCUCCCAGCGCGAUGGAAUUUUUGCUGCGGUGAAGCAUGAGUACCUGUGGACCCUCGCCAGACAAACGCUCACCUUGAGCUGAACUCUGGGAAGAAACCCUAUUUCUUUAGGGUCCAGUCGAGGCAGGUUCAUUGUGCCUCCUGUCCGAUUUCUGAGAGCCGUGAUGCCGCUACUGUGGUCGCUCCAGUUGUGGAGCACUCGCUGCGCUGGAGGGGCGGACAGGCUCUCGUGAGAGGCAGAUGUUCCUACCAAUACUGGAUUGCAGGAUAAGCAAGUCGUGUCACCUACUGUUCUCACACUGAGGCAUAGGUCUUCAUCACACCUGAAGACCAAUGCACAUAAGAAAGUUCAGUCAUUGGCCACUACUCUCAUUGUGCCACCCUGCAGGCCAUGAUGAUUAUUUCAGUGAGGAAUAUGGUUCACAGCAGAAUGGAAUGUGCAUACCCAGAUGGGAGCCCCCUGCAAUGGGCCAAGUGGAGAGCCGGAGCAAGGCUUGAAAAACCUCGAGGGAGGGGAUUGUGAUUCUGCCAUCGGCUCUGCACAGUGAUCGACCACGAGGGGAAUCGUCCGCUCUCACAGGAGUGGGCACAGCUGAGCGGAUGACUUGACGGCACUGCCCACUGGCUGCAGCACACGCUGCAUCAGAUAUGCUGAGCUGGGAGUGAAGAGCCCCACUGGAGUAGAAUAAUAUUCAGUAUUCGAUUGUGUUCUUAAUUCCACCAACUGUUCGUCACUUCAGCUUAACCACAUUACGUCGUAUGGGUAUAGCACCCCCUUGGGUCGUUAUUUAUAAACCCCAUACGGGCACCUUUAUUUUUUUGUUAAUAGAUUUUAGGAAUGCAUAAUGGAUGCAUGAACCUUUCUAACAUUAAUUUGAAUUCCAUCUCCUCUUGCGUUGAAACUUUUAACCACGAGGCUGCCACCACCGCGUGUAAGGGCACUGCAGCUGCUGCUCCACCACUACUGUGGGUUUUAUGUGAGGGUGGAGGGCGGCCUGCACACCAUGGUGCGCUCCCCUCCAGCGCCCUGUGCGUGCGUUGAGGGAGCAGCUAAUGGGAGGCUGAAUUCCAUCACUAUAGAGGCUAAUCCAGUGGAAGUUCUGUAACAUCAGCGUAUAAUGAUGUUUGCACAGAUAACAGUAUAAUUUUGUUUUAUGUAGCUUAUUAAAGGUGUAUUAUGAUGUAUUAUACAAUUUGGUUUUUCAGUAUAAUGCGAAGAGACAGAUAUUAAGAUGCGGUGAAAUGUAUGGUUUUGAGUAACGACUGCUGGGGCACCUCUCAACACUACGUGAGUUGUACCAGACUGCCCCUGCUGUGCAUGAUGGUGCUGUUUGGUUUAUGUGAUGUGUCCAGAUGCCGGCAGUACGGUUUGGUUUCUUGCGAUAUUAAAUUACAAAAGGAGAGAGA